AGACAAAAAUACCGAGGAGAUCCAAAACCGCAAGGCUGUAUCUUGCACAAAAAUAGGGUGCAACGUACCUUAACGUUCAUCAGUGCCAUCAAGCUCACAAUAUAACCACUAUUGUAUCGUAGAACGAUUCGAAUGGACUGUAGGAACUUCAAAGGAUUUAAAUUGACUAUCUAUUCCGAAUAGAAGUUUGAACCGCGCCACAAGUCAGUUUGAGACAAGGAUUUGCGACUGGGACGAUCCCAGCCGAACUGAACCGAACGGAACCCUCCCCCUCUACGCAGUCCUCUCUUUCUCUGAGGAAAGAAGCUCAAAGCACAUAUAUACAUACCAGACGGUUCUGAAAAGCACACAAUAUCUUCGAGUGCACAGGUUGGACGCCGAAACAUCCAAAUAUGUCGUCCCAAGCAUCUGCAUCCCAUAGAGGACUCAGAGGAUCCUCUGGUGGAAAGAAGAAGGCCACGGCAAAUCCUUCUUUGAUAUCCCUCUUUUGCGAUGGAGUGGAUGCGAAGCCCCCUAAUAGGGCGAGCCAAAAGCUGAAUAGCAAUAUUCUUGCGUCGAGACACAGAAACUUGAACAACAGCAGCAGGAGACGUCGAGACCGCUCCGGAUCUCUGAAUCUGCUGCCAGAAAUUGAUAACGUGCGUAAAAUCGGAGUUCCAGAGGAGGGCGAGAAAGAUGCUACCCCGCAAGAACUCUACGCUAUUGGUGCUGUUUUUGAUCACCUCUAUCGAGGUGGAUCCCUCAUGAGCUGCGUCCGCGUCUUUCGCAAGGAGGUCAACCGCCCCUCGAUCAACUUUGGCUGCGGGCUUAACUUUGGCAUGAUGGGACACGACGACGAAGAAGACAAUACGAUCUACAACAACUCCACCUACAACGAUGACGAAACCCUGCCCACCAUGGACGAUGGGAGCUACGCCAGGGAAAGGAGCUUCAACACCUUCGACGACGGGACCUACGAUCCGUCCCUCUUUUCUCGGGACAGCACUCUCGAAAGCAGCAUCGACACGGACCGCGUUCGUGGUUUUAAGAACAAGAGGAUCGACGAAAAAACGAAUCGGCCAUGGGACGAGCAAACGGAACGGUAUCCUCCAACAUCUCGUCGAAAACAGAGCCGAAUCCGAUCGACCAAUUCGUCAAGGAACUACCGCAGGGAUAAAUCCAGCAAGAACAACAGGGGCCACAAACAAGCACCGGACGAAGAAACCAUGUCAAACCUCUGGGACGGAGUCACGGAAGGAAACUCCCCACCGGAAUCGCCCAAGGGAAGUAGCGACGACUUGUCAUCACCACCACGACUCCGGUCGGUUCUGGACGACUUCGAGCAGCCUAGCGGCUGCCACGGGUUUGACAGUAGUGCUGCAUCUUCCAAGGUCAAGACCGAAGCCGAGGAGGCCAUCGUGCGUCUCAAGACCUGGACUGAUGUGCUGAUAGCCGCUGCCAAAGAGAACGGUCCCAAGGUCGCGGCUGCCGCUUCUGCUGCCGCGAAUGCGGCCGGUGCGACCGCCUUUCGAAAAGAAGAGUCAUCAUCGUCAUCGACGGACGACGAAAGCGAUGACAGCACCGACCGAAACGACCCAGAAGACGUGACUAAUCUGGUGCACAUGAUGAGGAACACGGAAGACACGAAGGAUUCCCCGACCGCCCUCAAGGCAGCAUUGAUGCGAACCUUUAGUAGCAACCUUAGUCCAUUCCUCAAGGCCUACCAGAAAACAGAGGACGGAGACGGCGAGGAAGGCAAGGAGGAUGAGGGCAAGGAUUCCAGUGAUAGUAGUUACAAUGGCAAUGGCAGUCCACCUCUCAAUAGUCUCGCCAUGCGAAUGCAAAACAUGGCCUACAAGGAACCUACUCGAACGUUUGCGGUAUCCGAGCAAAACCAGCUUACACCGGAGCGCAUGCGUCACGAGAAGCUGAACAUUAAGAAGAAAGCGGAUUCCGUUGUCCCCUCGAAGCAAGUCGCUCCGUUGCCUUCGUCAUCUGCCACGGUUGGAUCGAGCUCUACUUCUCCACAGUCUGGUGGGCAGCGGAAGCAGGCUGUUGGAUCUCCAGUGCGUGGGGAUGCCCCAUCAGUCUCCCAGAGAUCUGUUCGAAGUAGUGGCAAGGGCGUUGCUGCUGCUUCCGUGGCUGGCAGUUGGAACACGGAAACCAUUGGCUCCCACCGCGGAGGGGACACAUCUUCCGUGAAUACAUCGAGCAUCACGAGUGUUAACGAGAUUCCCUCCACGAUCCGAUUGGACCCAGUGCGGCAACACUCCUCGCCGUUGUCUACUAGACAAAGGGAUGCUGCAUCGUCGCCAUUAGCGAGGAGUCUCAGUCGUUUGUCCGGGAUUGCGUUGGACACAUCUCCACCGUCUGGGAUGUCGCGCAAAUCUUCGACGGCGAGUGUCUCUCUCCCCCGCCGACGUUCCUUGUUUCGUAGGCGAUCAAGUCCCGACAAUCAGGACAAGCCCCUUGCCGACAACUCAGGAGGGCAACAAGAACCUUCCACGCCCCGCCGAAAGGGCAAUCUUCCACCGGUUCCCCCACCCAACAGUUCGACUACACCAUCCUCCCGAAAGCAUCGAACGAUCGGUGGUGGCAGUGUUGCAAGUGUCUCCACUUCGGGAUCGUCGGGUACCAACAACAACACCCCUCCUCAAAGUGGAGAGAGCGAUGCUGAUGAAGCUACUGUGGCAACGCCUCCCAAAGAAAUUUCGAAGUCUGAAUCACAGACACUUAAAAAGCGGUUCCCCUCGUUUCGCCGCAAGGGUAGUACCAAAAAAGAACAUCCUUCCAGCAAUAGUCCAAGAAGUGCCAUGGAUUUGAAGUUCGAUAACGCUGCUCAGUUCCAACUCGGUCCCUCCACCGAGUUUUACCAUGAUGGAAGCGUAAUUGACAUCGACGAUGAGUCAAACAUCGGGGCUGUCGACAACUAUGUCCUCGGCAAGUUAGACAAGGAAGUCUGCGAGACUUCCUCCACGGAUGGUUUGCUUGCAAUGAAUGAUAACUCUGAGCACAACGGAUUCGAGGUACAAAGUGUGGAGAUAUAGUGUGAUAGUUUCUUUCUUGCUGCGGAACAUUGGAAUCUCUAGAAGGAAAGUGCCGGCUUUGUGUCGUGCGCAAGGAGAUGGCACUAAAUGAAAUGAGGAAGGUUGCUAAUUCGCAUACAUACUGUUGUUGGAAUGGUAAUAAUGCUAAAUCUGGACAGCUGACACAUUCAUCUAAUUUGCCGACAACGAGUUCUGCUUUUUUCUGGCCAACGAUUCAAACACUUCCGGUGUAUUUGGUGAGACAUAAUCAAGCGCUGUCUUGUGCGCUCUUGUAGCUCACGAGACGGAGUUAACGAUUGUUGUGCACAGAAUUUUUUAAAUUGGUGGAGGCCACCUGUGAUUUGUCGUUAAGUAUCGGACGAAAAUUAAUAAUUUUAUGUUUCUAUUCGCAAUGAAUGACACAAGAGUCCAUUCAGGAGUUUCACUGAAGAGAUUCUACCAAGUAGAGUGUUUUAUUUUUAAAGAUGACUAAGGUAUUCAAAUCUACCUGUCGGCUUCCUUUCGUUUUUUGAGUUAUUCUCAUUUCGUCACCUACAAAACACAAUUUAUUUUCCUAUAUUCUUCGCAUACAAAUAUACAAUCUGCCAUCAUAUUGGCUUGGUUUCCACGAUUGAACCAAGUCUUUGUCUCUAGUUGUGUUUGGGGGAGUUGCUUGGUUUUCACGAUUAAACCAACCUUUCUGCGUGAUUCAAUCCAUGGAGACUUUUGAUUUUCUCCGAAAACGGCGAUCAGGAGAGUCUCUGGCUCGGUCGUUAGUAUGGGAUGAAUCUGUAUCGAUAUGCUUGCUAAUUUUCGAUAUUGCCCCUCGAUCUUUUGCCUUCGGCCAUUUAGUGAUUUUCGACCUCGACAUACUUGCGUGCAUCCUUGGUCACGCUCUUGGAUUUUUGCACCUUGAUGUAGUUCCAAAGACCACGUAGCACGUGUCUUCUACGGUCAGACGUAUGCUUCGAGGAAGCAUUGAUUGGAGAGAGAUCCUCCAGAGCGACCUCAACCUCCAUCUCGUUGUCGCAGCAAGUUGAAAGGCCAAUAUCCUUGGUUUUGCAAGCGGUUUCGUUGGCAACCAUCGGAUUUUCGCUUGUCAUAGCCACGGUCGAUCCACGUGAGAUCACGGGACUGAAAGCUUCACUGUUUAUUAUAUUAGCAGGAUUACAAUGCUCUAUGAGAACCUCAUUCUCUACGUUACGUUGCAAAGCUUGGUUCGCUUCCAAAACACUCAGAGACCAAAGAUAAAACGCUCGACGAUGCCUUAGCAUGUUCUCGAUUUCAUUUGAAGGAGAAGCUUCUACUACCGGUGUCUUGUGCAAUUUUGACGUUUUCUUCGCCUUCGAAGAAACCAAAGUUUUCUUAAGGUCCGCCAGGAUGGCUCGCGUGAUACCAUUCGUAUGGCCGUUAGAUAUAUCUUGUUCCCGACAGGAAGGAGUCAAAUCUUCCCUUGCAAAGAAACCAAUCGGCUGCAAGCGUACUGGCGAUUCGGUAGAAUUGUCGCUUUCCAUCAACGGUGCGUUUCCUACGGAUUUCUCUUCCGAGAAAGAACCAUCGUCGUCUGAAGAUUCUGUAUCCGCGACUUUUUCGUUUCCUCUGUUAGCUGCCGCUAUUCCUUUCAUAAUCUCCUUCACGUUUCGCCUCGACACAGUAGAAAUCCUCACGAUUCUGUUCGUUUUAUGCAUUUUUGAGACAGCAUCUUGGGCUUCGUCUCCGUUUUUUGGAAGGUACUCAUUCUCUGUCUUAACGACAACAUUAGGUAUCAUUCGUUCCGAAUCAAUAUGUUUCUCUUUCGCCAAGAGGCCAGCAGCACUACUCUUGUUGUUCGAGAGGUAAGAGGUAGGAUUUCCCGCUGAUGCCAUCGCUUUCUUGAAGUUCUUCCAGACGGCUUUGGUUCCACGCCGAAGCUUUGUUUUCUUCUUUUGGCUAGGGUUCCUAGGGUUAGUAUUGGUAAUGCUCAGCCUACUGCUGCUACUUCUCUCCGUCGUCGACUCAUGCGCUUGUAUUACGGUCGAGAAUAGUUGAAAAGAACUAUCGUUUUGUCCUACCAACCUUGAAGACGAUAGCGUUGAUGGUUGUACGAUGACUUCGAUGUCAUGAUUGGUAGAAAUGUUGGUCGAUGGAUUGCUAUUCACUGAAUUGUGCAUCGUUUUGCCAUUCUUCGAUCCAGUUGCCUUCUUUCUAUUUUUUGCCUUGUCUUUUAAUUCAUUGUUAGAGGAUCCGUCUUUCUUUGGUUUUGGAAGUACCUGCUCAAAUUCCAAAAACGAUUUCCUUGUUCUAGUGUGGCCAUUGCUGUCGUUCUUUAGCACGUAGGAUGACGUUCCUACUGAAUCGGCGACAACUUCGAUCUCAUCGUCUCCACCUUUCGAAUUAUUGAUACCGAUUUCAACUUCAUUGGGUUCAAAAGUGUGACUAUCGACACAGCUAGCAGUAGUUAUGCCACUUACCAUAGACCUGCAGGUAUUGUCCGAAGACAAAGACAACGUUGACGAUGACGAAGAAAUACAGCUGUAAGCAUAGAUGUAGGUGCUAUCUUUGUUCAAAUGAUUUGUGGUGGUGAUAUCGUUUUCGCGAUCACCAUCGACUUCGUUGUUGCAGUAGAUGAUGGUCCGUUGCCUAUCUUCCCACGGGCAUUCUUUCUUCGUUUUGUGGUUGUUCUUCUUGCCACUACGACUAUUAGUAUUGUUGUCACACGUAUCUUGUAUCGAUCCGUUCCAUUCUCUCCCAUCUGCAUCCUUCAGGGGCCCCAUCAAGUCACGCUCCAGACCUACACAGAAAUCAUCGACGAAGGUCUCGGUGAGAUUAACUGCCUGGUUUGCUACUAGGUUCGGGCUUAAGCUCAAUUCCAACGGUAGAUUUUCUGGAUCCGGUCUGCAUAGAGCUACCGAUCUGCAUAGAGCUUCUGGUUGCGUCAUAGAGCUUGGUGACAUUUGAGCUCUGCCCAAUUCUGUAAGAGACUGUUCGUUGCAGUCGCUUUCAGUCGUCUAUCCAGUUUGCAAUGGCGAUGCAAUACGUUUUUGAUGAGACAGACCAAGGAAAAGAGUAAGAUCUGCAGCAGAACAAAUUUGUUCUCAAAUGGGUCACAGUGUCAAGUGAUUCACCCGCUAUCUAGGCAUCGGCAUUAACUCGAUCCGCCUAUUUCAACAAGGAAUAAUGAUGUGUUCCCACGGUGUUAAUAAUGCAUCGACAUCCAA